AUGCAACUAAUCAAGUUAUUAUUCAAACCAAGUGCAUUGAUAACAUCAAAAUUGGGCAACAUCACUAAAUUUUCAUCAAUGGCAAUGAACGACUGCUCGACAAAACUCGAUCAUAAGAUCAAUCUAGUUGUUCCAAGUCUCGAUGAGUUGAAAUCAGUUCUUCAUGAUUCGAUGGUUAAAAACUACGAAAACGUCAGCAUCGAUAUUGUUGAAUGUCCGAAUCUACGAGAAUCACCGUUUCGUAUGACAGGAUCUGGGAUUGGCAAUAAUCUACGAAUUGCUGAAGUUGGUGGUAUACCGAACCUAUAUCCACACGGAACUAAGAAAAUAUUCAACUUAAAGAAGGUAUGUGAAACAUGCGAACUACCAGAAGCUUUCGUAUUCGGUCCAGGAGCAGGUCCGUUCGAUGCCAUCGGACACAGUUCUGAAUUGGUUGCUGAUGCCAAUCUUAUCAAAAGCCAGUUCAAAGUUACAAAUAAAGUAUCAUGGAUAGUGUCCAGUGCAAAUGGAUAUACAAUGUCAACGACUGAGAGCACUGAUUUUGAGAUAACCGCGAACUUAGCGAUUAGUGACGGAUGUGCCAACAGAAAAAUAUUUAUAGUGAAGAUAUGUGCAACAAAACGAAUCGGUGAACUCGGUUAUGCGGAAUCAAUUCAACGAGCGAUUGAGUCUUAUUACGGUAAAAAUCAUCAGUUGGUCUCAUUGGCUGGGCUGUUCUUGCUCCACAAAGGCGAUGUUUACAUGCACAUUCUGCCCGAUUAUCCUGUUUCGCCGCGGAAACAAGAUGAAAAGGUUGUCUUGCAUUUUAUCAAAAUCUGUUGA